AUGGAAACUGGAUUAGGAAUUGACCUAGGCUCAGCUGAGGUUAGAGUCGGAGCGUACGAAUUCAACACGAAUCAACUAGUCGCGGUUGAGUCGCGGCAGGUAAAGUAUUAUGAUCAUGGAAACAAAAAGGUUACUCAAAGCUCAAAAGAUAUCAUUGAUGCUAUUCUCGAAUGUAUAGAAAAGCUUCCCAUAGAUAUAUCGCACGUUAGGUCUUGUGGUGUUGCUGCAACAUGCUCGCUGGCUCUUUUCCACGCCGCAGCUAUAGAGGGUUUGGUUCCCUACAAGCUCUAUGACAUAGAUACAGAGCCAGCUCAAAAUGUUGUAUUCUGGAUGGACGGAACAGCAGUGGGCGAGACAGAAGAACUCAAUUGCUUAUGUGGCAUUGAAAAGGAUUUCCUGGGUGGUGGUUUCAUUCCUGAAAUGGGAGCUCCAAAACUUUUGGCAUUUUUGAGGGCCCUGCCAAGUCACAAUCCUGGAGAAUAUGAGGUCUAUGAUCUACACACCUACAUUGCGUAUGAACUGGCCCUUCGAUUCAAGUGGGAAUCAACUCUCCUGAUAAAUAGGCCAAACAAAAAUGGCAUCGGCCAUGAUGGGGAAGUUAGAGGUUGGAAUCCGGACUUUUAUGAGAGUGCCAUUAAGCUGCCCAAUAAUGUCAAAAUCGGACCCACCCGCAUCAACAGAAUGUUUAGCCCUGUUAAAGUUGCCAGUUGCAUUGACUGUUAUGCGGGUUGGUUUGCGAUGUGUUCGUCUGAACCAAAUAAAAGUCUAUUCAUGGCAGCAGGUACGUCUACAUGCUAUCUGUACGCGAAAUCUAAAGACGCUGGAUGUAUCCCUGGGAUCUGGGGACCUUUCACAGAUAUAUUAUCUGAGGGCGAUAACCACGAGUGGUCUGUUUACGAGGCAGGUCAGUCGACUACUGGAAAACUAAUUGAACAUCUCUUCGAGUCCCAUCCCGCUGCGAGACAACACGCAAGCAAUAGAAACUCCUUAUUUGCGCAUAUUGAAAGUGUCAUCGAGGAGAUUGAGCAGGUUACAAAGCAAUCAAUCCAUUUCUCAGCAAGAUACCUGUUCACCUACGGGGAGCUACAAGGCAACAGAACGCCGUACUGUGAUCCAAAUAUGACAGGCAUGUUCAUCGGAGAGUCUGCGGAUAUUUCAUUUCAGGAUCUGGUUUACAAAUAUGUAACGAUUCUUGAGUUUCUCGCCUUCCAGACGCGACAGAUCAGAGAUUGUUUAGAAGCCGAUAUUCGAGAUAUUACAAUUUCGGGCAGUCAGGCCAAAAAUUCACGACUUCUGUCACUUAUUUCAUUAGUGAACGGUAACAUUCCUGUUAAGAGGUCUACGGUCAGAGCAGAGUUGAUGGGAGUUAAAGGUGCCUUUUUUAUGGGCAAAUCCAGGUCUUUGAAUGAAAGUCUUUCAAGUGUUGCCAAGACACAUAUUGAAGACUCUUCUAUGUCAUACGUUGAAAUUAUAAGUUCUCUUCGGGACAACAAUAAGAUUUGUCGACUCCUGGAAGCGAAAUACGAAGUUUACUUGGACAUGGCGAGGACUCAGCGGAAAUACCGGUCAAUCGUUGACACACAUUUAAAGUGA